AUGCGUCGUGCGCGAAGCUCGACGACGACCUUUCUGCCGGCCGUCAAUGGCCACCCCAUGAUGGCGGAGAGCAAGACCCGGAAGCGGCAACGGCGGCCCCCGUGGCGCGUCUUCGCGGCGGUCGGCGCGGGCGCGCUGCUGCUCCUCUUCUGCCUCGCGGGCCCGCGGCGCGAGCCGGAAACCCCUGGCGUUCGACGGCGGGCGACGGCGACGCGCAGCGACGACGACGACAGCCUCGCCGCCGCGACGCGGACCGCGCCGCCGCGGCCGCGCGCGCUGCCCGCUCAGCCGCCCCGGGCGCCGGCGCGGCGGCGGCGAAACACCGAGGCGCCUGUUCUCGGCGUCGUCGAGGAACAUCACGCCAUCCUGGGCUACCUCGCGCGCCUCAAGACCGCGGGCGGCCUCGCGCAGCCCGCGACGCUGCUCCACGUCGACUCGCACGCGGACCUCGGCGUGCCCCGGCCCUUCCCCGGCGCCGCGCCGCCGCUGUCGCCGCCGCGCGCGCUCGAGGCCUACGCGGAGCCGAACGACUGGAUCCUGCUGGCCGCGCUCGCGGGCCUCGUCGACCGCGUCAUCUUCGUCGAGCCGCCGUGGUCGAACCAAUUGCGGUGCUGCCUCUACGACACGAACGCGACCUUUAGCUUCGUCGUGGGUCUGGACCGCUACGGCGACGUGCGCGUCGACGUGGCCGAGGGCGAGUUCGUGCGGGAGCACUUCGGCCACGUGUUCUGGCGCGACGGCGAGCGGCGCACGGGCGACAGCGCCCACUUCCGGCAGGCGAAGCGCCUCGAGGUGACGGUCGUGGCGGCGGACCACGGGGACGCGCCGGAGGUCGUCGAGGAGGUCCUCGCGCGCGACGACGGAGGCAAGCCGCUCGUCGUCGACGUGGACCUGACGUUCUUCGCCGUCGAGUCGCCGGGCUCGGCCGACGUGCGCGAGCGCUACGGCCUGCGCUACGACGAGCUCGAGACGCUCUACCACCUCGCGUGGGACUUUCCCCGCCUCGACGCGGCCUACUUUAAGCGCGGCGACGCGCGCGCGCGCGACGAGGGCGACGCCAAGGACUACGGCCAGAAGGUCGCGCGCAAGGUCGGCGGCUUCGUGCCGCUCGCGGGCAAGAAGCGCAGCCACUUCGCGGCGGCCUUCGAGCGGGCCCUGGGCGGCCGGAACCUCGAGCCCUGGCGCCUGCGGGCGCUGACGGACUACGCCGCGCGCCUCGACGUGCCGGACCGCCCCGUGACGCCCGAGGCCCAGCGCGAGCUCGAGCUGUUCCUCGAGCAGCCCUUCCACGUGCCCUCGCUCGACCGGCACGCGCUGGACAUGGACUACCUCGUGGGCAAGGUCGUGGAGCCCAUCCUCGACGCGGUCGUCGACGCCGGUCGUGGAGCUCCGGCGCUCGUCGUCGUCGCGCGGUCGCCGGGCUACGCGCCGCCCACGCACCUCCACGAGACGGAGUGCCGCGUGCUCAACUCCCUGGCGCGCCGCUACCGCACGAUCGAGAUCACGCACGAGGCGCGCGUCGACGCGCGGAGGACGGCCUGCGCGCGCGUCCCCGACUUCGAGUACGUCCUCGCCGACGGCGAGCGGGUCCCCCAGUAAUCUUGCUCCACAAACUGUUUAGUAGUAUCACGUCGUGGCUUUCCACGUCAUCUGUUCCACAAAAUGUAAGUGCUGCGAAUUGUGCUACGUCGUAG